AUGGGUGUAACUUAUAUGGGACUUGACUGUCUCGCAGACAAGAAAGACCCAUUGUAUCAACACUUUCACACCGUUUCCCAAGAAAAGGUACCUUGGACACAUCAGCCUUGGUAUGGACUAGUGACCGUCUACUUUGCUGUGGCCACAAUAUUUGUGGCCAUGGUGAAGUGUUUCUGGUACAUGUGGAAAGACCACAGGUAUAUUGUGAGCGAGCGGAAGCUUCCAUCGAUAUUGACGUCUUUUGUCAAUGUCACCACCGCCUAUUGCCGUUUAUUUGGAUAUCAGCAGGUGCCGGAACUAUUUGUUAGAUACCUCAGUUUACCAACCUCUCUUGGUUCGUUGAUAUACCUGAUUAUUGCGUCAGGGUACUUACUCUGCUUUUGCUUGGUCCCUCAUUUCUGGUACCGUCAGUGUAGAGGGUUCGGCUCUCCUCCAUUAGCUGUAAGAGCUGGUAUCAUGAGUACGGCGUUGACACCGUUCCUUUUGCUGCUUUCCGGAAAAGUCAACUUCAUUACCACCCUCACUGGCAUUAGCUAUGAAAAGUUAAACUGGCUUCACCAGUUUGUCGGAGUGGCAGCAUUGGUUCUUGCCCUUAUUCAUACAAUUCCUUUUAUCUAUCAGCCUUUGCAAGAGGGAGGGGUGGAGAAUCUUGCUAAAGUGAACAAGGACUAUUUGUACGUUACUGGUUGGCCUGCCACGGUGUUCAUCAUCUUGCUCUGCGCUCUUUUCAAGAAGCAGGUACGGGAGAAGAUGUAUGAGCUUUCUUUCCAUCUUCAUUGGAUCAUGGGCCUCGGGUAUGUUGCUGCUCUUGGUGUACAUGUGUACGACCAGUUGGACCAGCAGCACUACAUCUGGGCCACUGCAGCUAUCUGGGCAGCCCAGUGGAUUUGCAGAGUCGUAUUGAAGACCUUUUGUAGACCAGGAUCGGGAUUCUUCAGGUUGAGAGAAGCUGAGAUCAGAAGGUUGGGCGAGAAUGUCUUUGAGGUGUCCAUCGACAGCAUCAAGGGUUUCUCGUGGCGUCCGGGUCAGCACUGUUUCAUAAGGUUCGUGAACCGCAGAAUCUUAGACAGCCAUCCGUUUUCCAUUGCCACAGUCAAAGAGGACGACAAGUUGAGAUUCAUAAUUGUGCCAAAAGAGGGAUUGACGAGAGAACUCUACGCGGAAUUGGAAAGGGAAGUGGCGGUCAAAAAGAGAGUCCUCUUGGAUGGACCUUACGGCGGGACAUUCCGAAACCACCUAGCGUUUGAUUCUGUUCUCCUUAUGGCCACCGGUUCCGGAGUCACCGUGACGUUGCCGUAUCUUCUAUCGCUAGUCAAAGAGACUAAGCUGGUGACCAGAGUGAUCGAUUUUAGGUGGAUUGUUCGUCAUGAGAGCGACAUUGGGUGGAUCAAAUACGAGCUCAAUGAGGCGUUGGAGGCGGCUGGCAAGAAGCUCCGCAUCCACAUCUACGUAGCAGAGGAAGACGCUUCAAAAGCGAAACCCACCACGGAAAAAGACUCGUGGAGUGGGAAAGAGAAGCUGCUCUCAGAAACCUCCGAGGAUGCAUUACUUAACCAGGGAAUGCAAGUGACAUAUGGUCGUCCGGAUGUCCAUGAUAUAAUGGCCGAGUACCGCCUGGGGUUGUUGCGUCGUAACUUGAUUGUCAGUUCUGGAAGUGACCUCAUGAAGAGGACAGUGAGCCAAGCGGCUGCAGAGUUCCAAGUCGACAUUGUGAGUACCAACAAGCAUCAGCCAUUCAUUGAAGAGGUGUAUCUUCACACGGAGUCGUUUGGAUGGUGA